AUGGCAGAAGCUACGCCGGAUACACAUCCGCAACCCAGAAGCAUCGGCUGCGCUGGAGCUGGCGGCCCCAUGCCCACGGCGCCGGCGCGGCCGCCUGCCUCCUCCGCCCCCCCGGCGCAACCGAACAGAUACAAAGAAGAGGAUCCUGGGGAUGUGUGCAGAAGUGUCACUCCAAAGUUUACUCUUCAGGAUGGCGGUCGAGUCGCUCAGUUGCUUCUCGCAGGAAAGCUAGAAGGAAAAGGAGCGGAGAGGAGCAAAGUCUGCGCAGGCGCGCGGCCGGCUGAACAACUCAAGAGAACACGGCGGACGCCUCCUCGCCCGCCGGCCCUAGUCGCGGGGGCACCCUCGGACGUCGGCGGCUGCCUUAGUUCAGCCGACCUCGUGGGAGAUAUUGACACGGAUAAGGCCACGACGCCUGAAGCUGCGCCGAUCCCCGCGGUUCAGCAUGACUCCGGCGAAUACCAAGAUACGUUCCUUACAGCGUCACGCGCGCGAACCGAGGGGAAGUGCCUCGACAAUAAAGGUGGAGGUUCGUUGUCAAAGGAUGUGACAGCGCCCUCGCUGCUCGCUUCAAGUAGUGCGACGAGCAAUAGCAGUGAUUCCUUCGACCAGGAGGUAUGGCGAGUCUCUGAUGCUGAACGACCCGCGAAGGCUGUCAAAUCCGAUCGAGCAGCAUUAUCUGCUGAAACGCACGAAGCUAGAGACGACAGAAAACUCUCGGUCACUUCCAAGCAUUCCAGCACACCGUGUGUUCCAUGGGCAGAUUCUGAGGAAGCCGGUUGUCCUCCUUUGCGGCAGAGCAAAACCGCUCCGGUGUUGCCAAGCGAUCGAGGCUCUGGCGAAACGAGUUUAGAGUUCGCAGUCCGAACGGCGACGAACAACGAAAGCCCACAAGCAAAUGCAGUAUUUUCUGAUGAUUUGAGACUUGAAAGAGGGGAACGUCCGGCUAGUCACCAAGCGCUGCAAGCUGUACUUCGUGAAGAGUUGCUGCAGGCAAAUUACGAGUCUCUUCACCGCUCUGAUAGCGGCGGUUCAGAGGAGGCUGCGUUCACUAACGGCAAAGGCUUUCCAGAGUGGGUUGAUGCUGGUCUUGUCUCUAAGGCGGCGAGCAUGCUGACUCACAACUCUAAUGUGGGAGGACACGUGGAAGAGAACCGCGACCAGAGAGAACCACAAUCCGCGAGUCGGCCCCUGAGGGUUACUUCCGCCGCAACCACGAGUUCCGCACACUCCGAGCAGAUUGAUUCAUUCCUUCGAAGUCAGGCCGCCCAGCAGUUGCUUCUGCAGCAGCUUCAAAAAAACCCCACUGUCUGGUGGAGUCGGUCUGACGUGCAGGAGCUGCUUCUCAAGGGGGGACGACUGUCAGAAUAUAGUAGAACCGAGGGCGUCGAUUCAUCUUCCCGCCAUGGUAAAGAACCCGCGUCGUCAGGCUCCUCUGUUUCCGCCUGGGUAUCUCACGCAGCGAAAUCCGGGAAUAGGGACGGCGUCCAAUGCGUCAGUUUGAAGCGGCCGCUCACCAUGGAGUCCCGAGACUCGCUGCCUGGCAGUCUAGGUAACGACCGCCAGCUGCACCGGGUUGCUUACAGGCAAGAGCCCCAGUUGAUGGAUUCAGGUCACCUGGACGUGCACGAGGAACCCGGCGAUGAGACUGGCGUUGUUGACGAAGACCGUCGUGACGCAAAGCGGCAGCGAUGGGAGUCAGAUGGUGAGGAAGAAGAAGAGGAACCGUUUAACGAUGUCGGAGAGGAAACAAGAGCGCGCCUCGUCCGGGCGGCUCGAAAAUUUCCACCUUUCCGGGGCGUUUAUUUUGACACCCGCCGUGGCAAUUUGUCUUGGCGUUGUAGCUGGAAGGUGCAAGGGAAGAAGCGGAGCCGCAGCUGGAGCGUGAUGAAGUUCGGAAUGGAAAGAGCGCGUGCCAAGGCUAUUGCCGAAAGGAUGAAACAUGCACCGCAGCCGUAUCCACAGAGUCCUCAAUCUCCAGUGAGCCCUCACCCAGAGAUGGAGAACACUCCUUCUCUCCUCCCAUCAGCACUCCCCCCAACUUUGUUGUGCGCCACUCGCGGGGUGCACACCGCCAAAGCACGUGCUGGUGGCUUCUCUGCUUCGGCUGCUCUACUCGCCGAGGCAUCUGCGCAGUUGAAUCUCGGCUUGAAGCAACGAAACCGCAGCCCGCAAGGCCGCUGCGAGCAGUCACUUGCGCAUCAGAUGAAGGAGAUGGACGCCACGGCUGGCGACGACAUGUGGAACUGCAGUCGGCCUCUUGGUGGAACGCGAUCGAGACCCGAACGUGCGGCAAAAGACGAGCCGCUCGCUGCGAUGCUCCGGAGAGUUGUCGGCAUGCAGGGAGGCCGGAACUGCGACUUCCAGGGAAGCUUGUCCAAAGCUGCGAAACUCUGUAGCGGGGACCCCGCGCGUGCUGGGGGGCUCCCAGAUUACGCAGACGAAGACAGGUGCCUGGUCGCAGGCACAGGGCUUCCCUCUGCGUCUCAGGGUUGCGGCACGCACCAGCGUGGCUCUGGAAAGCUCCGGCGUCCAGGUGGUGCCGAGGGAGCCUGGAGGCGUCCGAACUCAGCGAUGUCGGUAGGCCGUCAGGAAGAUCGGAAUCAGGCAGCCUGUCAGCUGUCCUCGAACUGCUGCUGCCCGUCGUGUUGCGCGCCUUCCGCAUCUCUGGCAGCAGAGGAUUUCUCCGAUGACGCCCUGUCUUGCAUCACCGAAGGCAAGUGGGGUGGGGCCUUGGCGACAGCCAAUCGACUUUCCGCGAAUGUGGUCUCUCCCAUCAAUCUGGGCGACGGCGCCGAAGCCGAGCAGCUGGGGGCGCUUACAGACGCGGCCAAGGUUACGUCUCUUCUAGCCGCGCCGUUGAUGGGCAGCCGCGCGAAAGAAGGAGACUUAGUGUCGUUCAGCGGGAACUCCAAUGUGUCUGAUUUGUGUCGAGCGCUGGACAAGACCUUUGACGUUGGAGCCGACGACAGCACUCUCUCCGCUCUCUCUGCGCUGGCUACGACAGUUGGUUGCGGGUUGCUAGGCGACAAACGCAUAGAAGGGCUUUCCAGGGGAAACCAGGGUGAGCUGUCUGCAGGAAAUGGUGCAGAGCGUGAGGGCCCCCUCGACAUGCUCGGGAAAGCAAACGCCAGUUCUGUGCUGGCCCCAUUCAGGGCAGAGUCCGUUGCAGGAGCGUCUACAACCUCCUCGCUUGACGAGAGAAGGAAACUUGCUCUGGGCACCGGUCAGGAAGUGUCUCCCUUGUCUGCUUCCCGGUUGCCCGCCCGAUCGCCAGAGGCGCUGCUGCACCGCGUUGUUUCUGCCGCCACUGCUGUCAGCGGUAUUAAUGAGCUCGUUCGUCACGCGCUAGGAGCAAGCGCGACGGACAACGGGAGUCGGGGGGCGGCGUCGGAUGUCGAUGGACUCGACGCAGAAGAGCUCCGCCACCGUCAAAGUCCGCGUUCAUGUGAUGAAACAUCGGAAGGCAUCGGCUCUCCACGGAGGUACACAAGAGCAGCGGGUUCAGGGCUCAACGCAGGGCAGAAGCUGGUCACCGAACCUCGAGAUCAUGAGGACGUUUCUGGACUCUUCUCUGACAUAGCAUGCGAGACGACACGUUUACUCUCCCUAGGCGACUCCAAAGAAGAGACAAGGGCAGCAAAAGGGGAGAAGGAAGGAUGCUGCCUACGCAGCUGUGUAUCUGAGUGUGCACACAAGACGAGCCACAAUGGUGGCGAGACAGGAGAAUCGAAUGGCGCCGAGAUCCGUGCUACCCAAGAAAGUCGUGCUGCGCCUGCUCUGAAGCCGACGCCACCGUCACAAAUAGCUCCUGGAAGCAUCAGCAAGACGGAAGAGUUCGCGGAUGCAGCCCCAAUACACAGGGCGUUACUGGUGGAAAUUCUGCAAGAUCUCAAGAAAAGCACGCUUCCUCUUGUCAGUACGCUAUCGUGUCGGUCCAGUCAGAGAACUCCGGCUUGCCUUAUUCUUGCUGCCUCAAAGGCGAACAGCGACUCCAAGGAGGACACUGAUUCCAUGCACAAGACAAUUGAAGAUGUGGCAGAGUUCUCGAAAUGGUGCCCUGAAGCCCUCGACUCACGCAUAGAAUUCGCCCGGACGUCAGAUGAAGAGCGGCUCGAGCCUCUCAUGAGGCUCCUGCGUGGGUGCCUCUCGCGGCUUAUUCUUCCCUCAUCCCUCUCCGACGCUGAGCAACUGUCGUUGCUGGCUUCCGUGUUAACGUAUCACUGCGUUUCCAUGGGCGGCGAUUCCGUGAAACCAGAGCAAGUCGCGCCUCCUCCGGAGGCAGAUGUCGCAGCGUAG